GUGCCUGGGUCGCCCUACAGGAUGAGCUUCCCUUCCUGGCGAGGAGGUUGUGAGGAGUGACAGGCCCGGGAGUUCUGAUGCUCUUGUCGUCUAAUGAGCGUGCGAUUACAACGCAGGUGGCGAGCGGUGCGAUGACCAGCCUGCCUGGGGCCAGCGUGACCCUGACCUGCCCGGGCGGGGAGCCGGGAGACGACGCCACCGUUCACUGGCAGCUGGAGCAUCCUGUGGCCGGCUCCCCGCGGGGCAGCUGGGCUGCUGUGGGAAGAAGGCUGCUUCUGAGGUCUGUGCAGCUCAGCGACUCUGGAAACUAUUCCUGUUACCAGGACGGCCGCCUGGCCGGAACCGUGCAUCUGCUGGUGGACGUGCCCCCCGAGGAGCCCGAGCUCACCUGCUUUCGGAAGAGUCCGCUCAGCAAGGUAGCCUGUGAGUGGGCUCCCCGGAACCCACCCUCCCCAACCACCAGGGCCACGUUACUGGUGAGGAAGUUUCAGAGCCGCCCGCUGGGAGACUCCCAGGAGCCGUGCCCCUACACCCAGGGGCUCCGCAAGUUCUCCUGCCAGCUGGAGGUCCCGGAGGGGGACAGUUCCUUGUACGUGGUGUCCCUGUGCAUCAGUAGCAGUGCUGGGACCAAGUCCAGCAGGCUCCUCACAUUUGAGGGCUAUGGAAUCCUGCAGCCCGACCCGCCGGCCAACGUCACCGUCACGGCUGUGGACGGAAAUCCCCGCUGGCUCCGUGUCACCUGGAGAGACCCCCCCUCCUGGAACUCCUAUUUCUACAGGCUGCAGUUUGAGCUCCGGUACCGGGCUGAGCGCUCGAAGACCUUUACCACGUGGAUGGUCCAGGAGCCCCGGCACCAGUGCACCAUCCAUGAUGCCUGGAAGGGCCUGCGGCACGUGGUGCAGCUCCGGGCUCGGGAGGAGUUUGGGCACGGCUCCUGGAGCGCUUGGAGCCCUGAGGCCAGCGGCACCCCUUGGACAGAACCCAGGAGCCCUCCAGCUGAGAGCGAGGCGUCCUCCUCCACACAGGCACCGACCACCAGCGAGGACAGUGGAAGUAAUCUCUCUGAAAAUUCUGCAAAUGCAACCAGCCUCCCAGUGCAAGACUCGCCUUCAGGGCCGCUGCCCACCUUCCUGGUGGCCGGAGGAAGCCUGGCCUUCGGGACGCUCCUGUGCGUCGGUGUCGUGCUGAGGUUCAGGAAGACGUGGAGGCUGCGCGCGCUGAAGGCCGGCAAGGCGAGCGGGUGCCCGCCACACUCGCUGGGACAGCUGGUCCCCGAGAGGCCCAAGCCCACCCCGGGGCUGGUGCCCCUCAUCUCCCCGCCAGUGUCCCCCAGCAGCCCUGGGUCCGACAGCGCCUCGAGGCACAGCCGACCAGAUGCCAGGGGCCCUCAGAGUCCUUACGACGUCAGCAACAGAGACUACUUCUUCCCCGGGUAGCGGCCACGGGGCCCCCGCCUGGCGGGACUGAUGAAGCCAGGCCGGCUCGUCUCAGGUGCCGGGGCCCUGCGGAAGGCGCGCCACUGCCCCAAACCGGGUUGCUGCCUCUGCCGCUUGUGCCUUUCCCCAGUGACUGAAGGGGCUGGAGUCCACUGGGAACCCCCAGAGAAGGCAGGUCACCGUUGUGCUGGACGCUUGGGUGGACGAGCUACAGGCCACCCGUGCGGCCAGCGUCAGGGGGGACAGAUUUCCAGACCCCCCGGGCUCCUGCUGGCCUGUCCUGCAGCUCCGCAUUCCAGCCCCCGCUCUCAAAGCCGCCUGCCUUCUCCGUCUGUCUUUCCAGGCGUGAGGCCCGCUUCCCUGCACAGGGGCUUGGGUAGUGUCUCGGCCUGGUGGUUUGAAGCGGAAUUGAAACAGUUCCUCAGUGGCAUUUUGCUAAGUGUGAAGGGCGAGCCUCGGCCCUCACCGAAUCCAGGAGCUGGUGCUCGGGUUGAAGUCCCUCUUCGGCUCCCAGGACUCAGGAGGAGAGAAGCAGAGGAAGGAGGGGCUUGGAGACCGGCCUCCGCGUACUCCCCGGAGGUGGCCCUGCCCAGAGGCGGCAUUGCCAGGGGGACCUGCCUCUGGAAGCCCCCUCCCCUGUCCUCCCCAGCUCCCCCAGGAGGAGGACCAGCAGCUGGGGUUGUGGGGGGACGGCGGUCGCCACGGCUGCACCCCAGCUUCCUCUGCUCUGUUUUCAGCUGAGCCCGAGAAGCAAGGGAAGAUAAGGUUUAUGUGAAAAGACAAAAAGAACCCGGCAAGAAUGUAUUUCAACUUUUUUUUUUUUUUUAAACUACUGUUUUAUCUAGAGGGUGGGCAGAGCCAGGGCCAAUGUAUGAAUAACUUGGGGGAAAAGCACAACCACCUUGUUUAGCACAAAACUGAGUCAGGUGCGAAGGAGGAGAAAAGACCAUUUUCCUUUUAGAGCAGGAAGUCCCGUUUCUACAUUGUGUUUGUGGGAACGUAGUGUGUGUCUCCCUUGACUUAGGAGAAAGCAGCCACUGUCCCCCAGGCAGCCCGGAGGAGGGGGUGUCCAGACUCCACCACCCCCAUGGAGCCCUUCCAAAGUCCCCUGCCUCAGGGUCGUGGUCUUACUGAGUUCCGUGAUGUGAUUCAGCUUCGCGAGGAUGGGAGCACUGACGGACCGCAGCCGCCGGCCGCCCUGGCACCCUCUCCUUGAACCCGGGCUCCGGCACCUGGGGCUGCGCGGGGUCACCCAGCCGGGGCCCUCGGGCAGCACAGGGUGCCCCAGGACGCAGCUGGGAGUACAGCCGGCCUCGUGACCGCCGCGGAGUGCGCCCAGACGGCUUUCCUAGCGGCCGCUUCGCUACAGCGGCUGCCCCAGCCCCAGACAGGUGGGGAGAAGGCACAGGGGCCGCUUUCCUCUGGGUUUGCCCAGUGCUGGUGCUGCGGCCCAGCGGCCGCUCCGGCCCCUCGGCUUUGGGCCUCCGGUUGACCAGGGUCAGGCAGGCUGUUUGUUGUCUUUCUCGAACGUUUCUUUGAGAACGGCAAAAAUGCCGUCAAAGGGAAAUACGCAGGAGGAGAAUGUGCCUGAGAGAGGUCUUUACCUCCCGGGGAGGCUGGGUUUCGCUGGGCGCGGGCGGGCCGCGUGGAGCGGACGGAAGAUGGGCCCGCAGGUAGUGCCUGGCCCCCGGCCGCUUUGAUCUCCAGACCGUCACUGCUCUCCUUAUGAUUGUAAUGAAGCUGCCUUUUUUUUUUUGUAUUGGAGAGGGCCUCUCCCUCGAGUUCUAUAUAAGCUAGUGAAGAUGAAGGAAGAGUGUUUUCUCUGGGCUGUGGGCUGGGCCCCGGGCACAGGUGCAUCCUCUAAGCUUUGUGCCCUGAGUGGUCCUAGCCACGGCCACCGCCCCUGUGUCCUGCGGGGCACCUGCUGUGUGUUCUCCUCCCCGUGUUACCUCCGCCCCCAAACCCCCACCCCCGACCUGGAGCACAGCCUGACGUGGGAGGACAGCUCCUCUUGCUGGGUGGGACGAGCUGAAAAUACGCUGGUCCAAGGUCUCAAUCUGUGUGGUCAGUAAUUCUUGUAGCAUUAAUGAAAAUUCUUUGAAAUGUCAAGGGGUGGCAUUGAGUGGACCGACGAAGCCUUUGGUGACCCCGAUAGCUCUCUACUUUGACGAGGUCUUUCCCUUGAGGCCUGUUUGCCAGGCUCAGCUCACAGACCCUCUGCCCGUUCCUGCUGUCCCGGGGGCAGGACACCGGGAGAAGGGAGGUGAGCAGAGCCGUGUGGGGCAGGCUGGGCCGGGUCACGGUCUGUGGGUUUCCUGCAGAACGGUGAGGGAUGUCUUGCCGCCUCAGAGGUACUGAAGGUUGACCCACUUGGGGAGGAGUCUGUGCUCUGGUCUCACAGAGUUGGUGAGAAGCAUUUGGAGAAGCAGGUGUGAUGGCCCCUCAGAGGUCACACCGGCUUUCCCACAUGGCAGGCGUCCGUGGGGGGCGUUGUUGGGAUGCAGGCCAGCUGGUUGGGUGUCUGUGCCAGUGUCUUGCCUGCGUGUCCCCUGCGUCCCUCCAGCAUCGCGCCCUCAGUGUGGCCUGACAGCAGAGCCGGGAGUUUCUAGGACAACCAUACGGAUGAUGACGGACACCAGUUUCAUGAGCCUGUGCUGCCGCGGAGUCUGCUGCGGGGAGCGGGCGGAACAGCACGUAGCGGGGCUGGGAACGGGCAGAGCCGUGUCGGAUGCGGAUCACACAUCUGUCAAAUGUAAUACCUCAACUCUUUUUCUUUCUUUUUUUUUUUUUUUUUGAGAAAAAUAAUAGUUUUAAUAUUUGUUUUUAUUUUUUCUCUAAUUACCUGAAAGCAAAUACCAAAGGUUGAUAUCUGUAUAUGGGGCAAAGGGUCAGUAUAAUGUUUUUCAAUAUUUUUCUUUUUAUCAGCUAUUUUCCAUUCAAAGUGAAAAUUGUAAAUGUUUGAAAUAAAUAAUUUCUAAAAAGGUGCCUGAGACGGAAUUAUGCUUUGGGCCC